CCCUAUCCAAUCGAUCUCACGCAGAUCUGAUCAAUUUCUCAUCAAAUCAUUUAGAGAUCAAAAGAAAACUAUGAAGAAUAGUAAAUGUAACCUCAUAGAUUCAAAGCUCGAAGAACAUCAUCAUCUUUGCGGAUCAAAACAUUGUCCUGGAUGUGGUCGCAUGAUUCAAGCUGCUACUAAACCAAAUUGGGUUGGAUUGCCGGCAGGAGUGAAAUUCGAUCCGACAGAUCAAGAACUUAUAGAACAUUUAGAAGCAAAAGUGAAGGGAAAAGAAGAAAAUAAGAAAUGGUCGUCGUCUCAUCCACUUAUAGAUGAAUUUAUUCCCACCAUUGAUGGAGAAGAUGGAAUAUGUUACACUCAUCCUCAGAAGCUUCCAGGGGUGACAAGAGAUGGCUUGAGCAAACACUUCUUCCACAAACCAUCAAGAGCUUACACAACCGGAACAAGAAAACGACGUAAAAUAAUUCAAACCGAUCACGACUCUGAGUUAACCGGAUCAUCAGAAACCAGGUGGCACAAAACGGGCAAAACAAGACCGGUUAUGAUCAACGGUCAACAAAGAGGAUGCAAGAAGAUAUUAGUACUCUACACAAACUUCGGCAAGAAUCGUCGACCGGAGAAAACAAAUUGGGUGAUGCAUCAAUAUCAUUUAGGGAUUAAUGAGGAAGAGAGAGAAGGAGAACUUGUGGUCUCCAAGAUAUUUUAUCAGACACAACCAAGACAGUGUGUUAGUAAUACUAAUUGGUCUGAUCACCAUGGUUCCAAGGACGUGAUCGGAAUUGGUGUCGGAGAUGAGAUUUCCAGCGUAGCUGCCACGUUGCAGAGUCUUGGCUCCGGUGACGUCGUUUCUAGGGUUAAUAUGCAUCCCCAUACAAGAUCCUUUGAUGAGGGGACAGCCGAAGCUUCAAAGGGAAGAGAGAACCAGCAUGUGUCUGGCACGUGCGAGGAAGUACAUGAUGGGAUCAUAACAUCAUCAAUGUCAUCUCAUCAUAUGAUUCAUGAUCAUCAUAAUCAACAUCAUCAAAUCGGAGAUAGAAGAGAAUUUCACAUGUCAUCAUCAUAUCCCAUGACCCCUACUAUCACAUCACAACAUGAGUCAAUCUUCCAUGUUACAAGUACUAUGCCCUUUCAGCGGCAGCAAUUAAGGGGUCGGUCGUCUGGUUCGGGAUUAGAAGACCUAAUUAUGGGUUGUACCACAGCUACGUGUACAGAAGACGAGCAUUCAGAAGCAAACCCUCAGCGAAAUGCAGAGUGGUUAACGUUUCCACAAUUCUGGUAGGACCAAAAAAUCAAAUAAAAUACAUCAUUAAGAGAAUUUUUAUUAUACACAAUUGUUAAUCAACAAGUCAUUUUGUUAUACUCAGGAACCAAGCCGAAUCAGAUGAUCAAAACCGAAGAUUUUAACAGAACCAAAAGGAAGCAGAGAAAUCUUGCAAAAAGCUCCUGCUUAGCUGUUGAUCAAUGCCGGAAAUGCUGAGCUAUGACUGACUAGUCUCUGCCAUUUAACUUACAAUAUCACCAGAGGUUGCGAUGAAUGUUGAUUCGCUCAAAGGAGAUUGUAAUCUGCUAAAUUCCUCAACAACCUAAAUACAUAUAAAUGAAAUCACAAAGCAUUCAGAAACAAACUAGACUCUGUAUUAAAGAAUCAAACACACAAAAAGAUCAUGUUUUCAUCUUCGUUAUACGAUUGUCUCUUUGGUGAAGCA